CGCUCCGCCCGCCCAGCCGGCGCACGGGGAAGGGCUCGGCGUUGCCACGCGGGGAGCGCGCUCCCCGGCCCGGCCGCGGCAUGCGCGCGCUGCUCGGCCUGCUCCUGGUAUUCGGCGCCUGCACCUUCGCGCUGUACCUGCUGUCCACGCGGCUGCCCGUGGGGCCGAGGCUGGCGUCGGCGGAGGAGCCCCAAGGCCGGUCACUGUGGUUCCCCUCAGACCUAGCCGAGCUGCGGGAGCUCUCGGAAGUCCUUCGGGAGUACCGGAAGGAGCACCAGGCCUACGUGUUCCUGCUCUUCUGCAGUGCCUACCUCUACAAACAGGGCUUUGCCAUCCCUGGCUCCAGUUUCCUGAAUGUUUUGGCUGGUGCCUUGUUUGGGCCAUGGCUGGGACUUUUGCUGUGCUGUGUGCUGACCUCUGUGGGCGCCACAUGCUGCUACCUGCUCUCCAGUGUUUUCGGCAAGCAGCUGGUCAUCUCCUACUUUCCUGAUAAAGUGGCCCUGCUGCAGAGGAAGGUGGAGGAGAACAGAAACAGCCUGUUCUUUUUCCUGCUGUUCCUCAGACUCUUCCCCAUGACGCCGAACUGGUUCUUGAACCUCUCGGCCCCAAUUCUGAACAUCCCCAUCGUGCAGUUUUUCUUCUCAGUGCUUAUCGGUUUGAUCCCAUACAAUUUCAUCUGCGUGCAGACAGGCUCCAUCCUGUCCACACUCACUUCUCUGGAUGCUCUCUUCUCCUGGGAAACCGUCUUGAAGCUGUUGGCCAUUGCCCUGGUCGCUUUGGUUCCUGGAACCCUCAUCAAGAAAUUUAGCCGGAAGCACCUGGCGCUGAGUGACAGGAGCAACACCAGUCGCCUGGGUGGCAGGAAGGACUCGUGACACAGGUUCCAUGUCUACCACAGCCCUGGACGCUGCUGCUGAUCUGUGUGAUGGCCCUUUUAAUGCCCUUACUGUGUUUUAAUUGCCCUCAAAAGGUGAUCUCAAGGGCGUUCUAGUGUGCGCAGAGGCCUAUUAGAAGGGCGCUCUGUUUGAGGGUCCAGUCCCAUUUAGCAGGGUGCUGUGUAAUGGACUGUUUUCUAGAAAAUCUUGUUUUGGUUCUAUCCAGGACCAGGGGACUCAGUCCGCUGGGCUUGCCCUUGCUGGUCCCUGAGACGUCUUGGGAGAAGGUGGCCUUUUGGACAGGCUGUGUAGCAGGUAUUCCUGUUAAAUCCCUGUGGGUGUUAGUGUCACACAGAACUCUAGCCCCUGUUAGUCUCUUGAAGAGUGUCUGCUCUACCUUUUUGCUGAUGAUCUACCUCUCCAUAAGCCAAGGGACAUGUGACAAACCGCCUAAGACUUACACCCACAGCUUGAGUGCAAUGAUUCCUGCCAUACCCCGUUCACACACUGAUGUUCCUGUCUACGUCUAAGCUCCUUGUGGUUGUAUGUCUUGAUAGUUAAGCUGAUCCAGACAUGAUUAAAUAUGAAUGGAGACA